UGGUUACUAUAUGAUUCCAUGUGUUAUUUUAUCAUUUUGAUGUCCACUAUUCUACAAUAUAAAAAUAAAGAUUAACACUGGAAUGAGUAGGUGUGUUCAAACUUUUGAUGGUACUAUAUAUCUAAAACCCUCCUCCGUAGUAUACCAAUGAUAUGUAUUUUUUUAAUUUUUUAAAAUUGAUUUUACAAAUAUUAUAAUUUUUCUUCCACUUUGACAUGACAUAGUAUUUUGUGUAUAUCGUUGACAAAAAAAUACAAUUAAAUCCAUUUUAAUCACACUUUGUAACACAACAAAAUGUGGAAAAAGUCAAGGUGAAUAUGCACUGUAUAUGUAAUUUGGACUGGAAGCAAUUGAAAAUUAGAUCUGUGCGCAAAUGAAUAACCACAGCUAAAAUAAGUUAAAUAUUUGUAGAAAAUCAAAGGGGAUGAAUUUUGAAACAAGAAAAGGUGUAACUUUGAUAAUAGAGGUCCAGGAACUCAUCACACUUGUCUGUAUAUCUAUAGCUCAUAUCGACAGUGAGCUAUUGAAAAUGAGACUUAUCACAGGAAAUAUUUGUAGGAAUAUCAAUGCAAUAUAAAAUGGCAAUUCUAAUGGGUGUACUAUGGACAAGGGAGAUCAACAAUAUAAACUCAAGUGGUUUUAGAUGUGUAUGUAGUUUGGACUGGAAGCUAUUGAAAAUGAGAUCUGUACAUUAAUUAAUAACCACAGCUGUAAAAAGUAAUUCACUGUUAUAAUAGAGGUCAGGGAACACACUGUACUUGUCUGUAGAUCUCUUUCACAUGUUGAGCGGAAGCCAUUAAAAAGGAUCAUUAUGAAAUAUUCAUUUAUAAAUCAGGGAACUUCUAAUGUGUGCAUCAUGGAUUAGAGGCAAUAGUGACUUUGCCACAAGUGAUUUUAGCUCUCUAGGUCAUGCAAGUAGGCUACAGUAGGUUGCAUAUGAGUGAGAAAGAUCAUAGACCUAUUUAUGUUUUUUGAGCUCAUAUUGUUACAUAAAAUCCAUUAAAAAUAAACAAGAUAAAAUUUUAGAAUGUAAUUAUUGAGUAAACAGUUGGUUUAACAGUUGGUUUAAGAUCUUUCGAUGAUUUAAUAAUUUAAAAAGUUUCUGUAAACACCAGGUACAGCUGAUUGAACUUUUAAGAUGGUCCCUCAGCAGUGAUUGCAUAAUAUUCCCCUAUUGAAACCAACAUAAAGUAACUUUUUCUCCAAAGGAAAUGAAAGGGGGGGAAACCUGUACAUUGAUCCUUAUCCUCAUCUGAUUCUAGAUAUAUCACCUGAAUCAUCCUAGGACCUUCUAUCUAUGAGGUAUUGACCUCUGAAUAUCAAACCAAUAUACAAACUGAAACCAAAUGUACUGUGGUGAUAAACCUUCAGUGCUGCUCAAAUGGCUUUUGCAAUUAUUGGUUUAAGCAUAGGAUACUCCAGCUAUGCUAUAAGAUUCGAAUAAUUCAAAUGCAUUUAUAACGUUAACAAUACUUUAUAUCAUGGCCAGUUUGCUGCAAUUCUUGUUAUGUGUUUGUUCUUCUUGACAACACAAGCGCAGUUGGUGAAUUUAUUAUGAGGGUUGAAGCGAAUGGAAACUGCCUAAACAGUCUGCGCAUGACCCCGCCAUUAGGGACUUUUAUUUAUUUUAAAUUUUGCUACCGCAGCCUAUAAAAAUGACCCACAACCGAUUGCAGCCCAUUUCUUAUUCUCAGUCGAAAUGAUAUACACAAAGUUAUGCACUGUUGUAAUGUAGCCUAUAUCGUUCUGUCAAAUUAACAAUUAUGUUACUAUGUAACGAAAAACGCGAGAUUUUACCUGAAAGGAGCUUGCAACUUCAUUUACACGCUCUUAGCAAAUCUAUGUCAUGCUGUGCAGUGGAAAGGCUGUGCGUGUACUUGUUGAGCUCCAGGACCAUCACAGAGUAUGAGAGUCAGGUGAUCUUGUCCCAGAGAACAGACAUGGAGAAGGCUGCCAAACUGCUCCAGGUGGUGCUGAAGAAAGGUCGCAACGCCUGUCUGCUCUUUUUCGACUCACUAGAAAAGUGUUGCCAGUGCCCACCACAGUUCGAAAGAGUCACCUGCCUCCCAGAGAGGAGGACCAACACUGCCCCAACCUACGUCAUCAACAUCAGCCAUUCCAAUUUGAGUAACUGCAUCAUUGGAGAUGGCAACUUUCAAGGUGUGCCAACGUGUAUACAACAACCUCAGAGCAUGGGUUCAGAGGAUGCUAGGCAUGAGACAAUGGGAGGCAACGUCACCAGUGAUCACCAGAGAGCAGUACAGGCCUGUCCAGAUCCAGAGCUCCAGAGGAGAGUCCAGGUCUACGGGUCCCAACUGCAGUAUGUCAUCAUCGGGGACAACAACGACCUGCAGGCUGAAGACACACCGGAAGAGGACGACGGGGAAGAAGAAGAACUCAUUAAUGAAAGUAACUGAUUGGAUUUGUGUAGUGCUUUUCCAGAUGCUCAAUGUGGUUUACAUUGUAUUGGGGAAACUCCCCUCAUACACCACCAACUAGUUUCCAUUUAAGUCAUUUAGCAGACUCUUUUAUCCAGAGUGACUUGCAGGAGCAAUGAGUGUUACGUGCCUUUCAGUUUACUGGCCCAACGCUCUUAACUGCUAGGCUACCUGCCUCUGGAGCCAAAUGUUACAUGUUCAAAUCAGGUGAUAGAAAGUUGUUUUUGAGAUGUUUGUUUUAAGCCCAUCCCAAACCUUAACACUUACCUUAACCAUUUAGAGUUAAUGCCUCACCUUAAGAUCUCAGAGUUAAAGCCUAAAUUAACUUUAACCUUAAAAAUGUGGAGUUAAUGCCUAACCUUUGAUGUCUAAACUAGUUGUUGUGUGGCACUGCAUCAGUAUCCUACAGAGCCAUACAUAUAUGGCUCUUCUAUCCUAGAUGCCAUCUCCUGCUGUUGUGCCCUUGAGCAAGCGACUGCACCACGGGCGACCGUGGCUCUCAAUCCCCAUAAGUGAUAUGGGGACAAAAUGUAUGGCCAUUGGUUAAAUUGUAAUGUUCCUUGCUGUGUCGAUGAACUUGAUUUCUGGGGAAUGUAUAUGUAUUGUAAAUUGCUGUGUAUUGUUUGGAUAGUAUAACUUAACCCUACAUAAUCAAAGAAUGAACCAUAUUUUUGGUCCGUGGACUUAUGGAGUAAGUAUUGAAUCAUACAGUACAUACAUUACGUUCUGUGAACCCAAUGUAUAAUGACCACACUGACCACUGCUGUAGAUUAAGUGCAUUUCAUUUAUUUUAAGUAUUUAAUGCUGUAACAAAUAAAAAGGUGCUGUUUUACUUUGAA